CCGGGUAUUUAUGACGAGAGUCGUGACUGAAGCCUCCGCGCUGGUAGUUAGCAGAUCACACGGUUCCUGCUUUACUCGGUGUUACAUUCAACGUCUGUGGCCUUCAAUUGGUUCCUUGAAGUGCGAUUUUUUUUUUCGCCUCGCCAUUAAACGAUUAGUUUUGUAUUUUUUCUGUAUUUUUAUACGUUAGUGUGUGAGAAACAAUGUCGAGCGAAAGCCCCGAGUACUCGCCGUUCUUCGCAGUGAUGGGAGCCUCUGCGGCGAUGGUGUUCAGCGCCUUGGGAGCAGCGUACGGCACAGCAAAAAGCGGCACGGGUAUUGCUGCCAUGUCUGUGAUGAGGCCAGAGCUCAUCAUGAAGUCAAUUAUUCCCGUAGUCAUGGCGGGUAUCAUAGCCAUCUACGGCCUGGUAGUAGCAGUGCUGAUUGCCAAUGACAUUUCAGACAAAAUCAGUCUUUACAAGAGUUUCCUUCACCUCGGAGCCGGGCUGAGCGUGGGCCUCAGUGGGUUGGCAGCAGGCUUUGCAAUUGGCAUCGUGGGUGACGCAGGCGUGAGGGGCACAGCUCAGCAGCCGAGGCUUUUCGUGGGCAUGAUCCUCAUCUUGAUUUUUGCUGAGGUUCUGGGUCUCUAUGGGCUCAUUGUUGCCCUUAUUCUCUCCACGAAAUAAACACCCAAACAUCUCCACUACAAAAUCAGUCCUUUUAUGUUGCUGCUGGAGGAAAAAGUGUAUAAUGGGGGUUUAAAAAAAAAAAAAGAAAAGAAAAAAGAUUUCUGCCACGUAAGAUGAAAGAAGUGAACCUGGGGAAAAAAAUGAAUUAAAAUUGCUCCACAAAUAUGGUCUUAUCUCAAUGUGUACAGUUGUCCCAAUUUGAUAGUUGACUUGUAAAUGCGCAAUGUAGUGAUUUGUCUGUCUUGUAUGUUUGCGUGUGCGUGUGUUAAACAAUUGUAUGAUGAAGAUUCCUUUUGUCCCUCCUCGUAUUUAAGGCUUUGAGGCCAGCUGAGACAUCUCGGGUCUCUGGUCUUAAUGACCAAAGGGUCGCACGACUUUUUUUUUUUUUUCUUUUUUUUUUUUUUUCUUCCUGUCCUCCUGUUUCAACUUUGGAGUUGACGAUUUCUGAAUUAAUCUUGAUGAUCUAUUUGUAAAGAGAAAUGUGUAUGGACUCAAUAUUUUUUUUUUUUUCCACUGAUUUUAUUUAUAAGAAAUUGUUCAUUGAACUGUUAAAUAAAGCAAAAGUCUAAUUGUCCAGGAUAUAUACAUAUAUAAAUAUCUACAUACAUAUCUAUAUAGAUAGAUUUAAUACACUGUGGGUUAAUUGUGAUAAGUGGAAUUUAUCUGGAUGUAAUACUUGGUUAAAUAAUUACGAUUGCCUUUAGUAUGUUGCUGGUGGAGUGGGAGUUGUGUGUAGCUGUAUUCUAAUCAUUACGCAAACAUCAAACCAGUGUUUUUUCCUGUAGUACUGCUGUUUGCAUUAAAAGUGUGUGUGCCCCGUGUCGGGUCUCACAAGUGUAAUUUCCA